AUGGCGCCAAGGUCAGCAAUACACGAAACAGACCCUCGAUGGACAGCAGUCGAAGACUACACCUCGACUCAUUUGUUUAAUCCUACACGUAACAAACACCAUGGCGUUCUGGAGUAUGCCUACAGGAAUUCGCUGGAGAAGGGUCUCCCAGACAUAGCGGUCGACCCCUCCCAAGGGAAGUACCUGUCCUUACAAGUCCAACUUACAGGAGCGAAGAAUAUCUUGGAGGUCGGCACUUUAGGAGGGUACUCUACCAUUUGGCUGGCAAUUGGAGCUGGCAAGAAUGGAAAGGUCACUUCGGUCGAGGUUGAUCCACAUCACAAAAAUGUCGCGGAAGAGAAUAUCGCACAUGCCGGCUUCGACGACCAGGUUGAUGUGCUGCUAGGCAAAGGCACCGAUAUUCUACCUCAGCUGGUGGAAGACGUGAAAAGUGGCAGACGUGAACCGUUUGACUUUGUCUUCAUCGACGCAGACAAGGAGAACAACUUGGCAUAUUACGAGUCAGCUUUGCAAAUGAUCAGACCCAAAACAUGUGUCUACGUGGACAAUGUGGUUAGAAGCGGCCGUAUCAUUGACGAGCAAGCGAUACGAGAGGACUCGCGUGUUAUAGGCGCACGGCAGUUAAUCGAGGCGGUUGGCAAGGAUGACAGGGUCGACGCGGUGGUGCUUCAGACCGUGGGAUCAAAAAAUUACGACGGAUUUCUACUUGCGGUUCUCAAGUAG